ACACUUCACCUCAACAAUACUUUUCACCUCAACAAGGCUCUUCCCAACAAUAUCUCCCACCCCAACAAUACUUUUCACCUCAACAAGACUCUUCCCAACAAUAUUCCCCACCCCAACAAAGUCUCACAGCCCAACAAUGCUUUUUGUCUCAACCCUAUCUCCUGAAUCAACCAAAUUCUUUAGAUGUUCAGGAAGUGGAAUUUGAAUACUACUAUACCCAGAAUAAAGUAGAAAAUUUUAUGAACCAAUGGGUUGAAUAA